AUAGAUAAGUCUGAUCCCGUAAAUGCUUUAGUCUGAUACCAUCGACGACCGUUUCUGAACGCGCAGGACAAAGAGCUCCCGAACAAGCAGGUGGAGGCCAUUUUUAGCAGCCGGAACGAGGCUCUCAUGCUGUUUGCUCUACGGAACUGGAAUGGGUUGCCCCGGACCCGUAUCAAAUGCAAAAGUGUCUGGGUCUGGGAGGUUGGAGCUUGUGACGCUAACUUUGGACUCUAAAAAAAUCUGUAUUGCAUGAUCAGCAAGAGGAGUCUAGUUUGUGCUACGCGGGGAGGGCAUUUGUCAUGCGGAAUAGGCAUCCGGAAGCCAUUGAAAAAUCAGUGAUGCUAGGUCAUGCAUUACAGACAUCCUGGGUCAUGCAAAAUAUGCAUGACACUUCCGGCAACAUUCCAGACCCAGACAUUUUUGCAUUUGAUAACCCGCUACGACCUCCUGCAACUCGCGGACAUGCAGAGCGAUCCGCUCCUUGCCGCCUUGCGCGAUCUAUCAAAUGCAAAAAUGUCUGGGUCUGGAAAGUUGGAACUUGUGAUGCUAACUUUGGACUCUAAAAAAAUCUGCAUGACCAGCAAGAGGAGCCACAUUUGUGCUACGCGAGGAGGGCAUUUGUCAUGCGGAAACGGCAUCAGGAAGCUUUCCAAAAAUCUGCGAUGCUGGGUCAUGCAUUACAAGCAUCAUGGGUCAUGCCAGACAAGCAUGACAAGCCUUCCAUUCUUCAAGACCCACACAUUUUUACAUUUGAUACGAUCCGCUCCACGAAGAUAUUAAACCCUCCGCUUUUCACGGAAUCGUCGGAGAGGACUCCAUACUCAAGAAGAACAGCUGGUUAUUGACGACUCCGGCCGACGUGCAAGCCGUCGCGCCUCGGAGCUGCCCGCCGGCGGUGGGCGAGCACCUGGGAAAACCGGCGCUGGUCCGCCUGGGUAGUGCCGUCGAUCAGGCCCGGCUCCUGCGGUACGUGCAGAAGUUCGCCAACGCAGGAGUAGACCUCCACCUCUCGAAGAAGGUGAAACCGUUCGAACCGCUGAUCGUGGAAGAUUUUCUGGAGCUGCUUACCAGCGUCACGUUGUAUGCAUUGCAAAUAUGUCUGGGUCUGGAAACUUGUAAUGCUAAGUGACGUAGCAUGAGGAGCCCACAAUAAAUGAUUGCCUAGCAUGACAAGCUUCUGAGCUUCUAAGUGUUGCCUAUUCGGCAUGACAAACUCCGACUUCGCAUCACAGAAAAAAAGGGUUUUUGGGUACCGUGCAUGACAGACUUGAAAGUCCUGCUAGCCUAGCAUGACAAACCUUGCUUUUUUCCAGACCCAGACAUUUUUGCAUUUGAUAUCACGGACGGAAACGGGAAAACCAAUCUGGUGAAACACGAACCAUUCCUGCUCAACCUGCUCGACCACUACCGGGUCAAACUGCCCGUGCACGUCUCCACAAAGGUGUUGGAGCAGUUCUACGAGACCGAGAAAGCCUAUGGAACUGUCAGGAUCGAAAUCAAGAGAGUCGAAAUAAGUAAUUUGUGAUGCAUAAAAGCGAGGAUACCAGUUGGACCCUCAGACUCAGUUUGUUUCCAGGUGGCGCGUGACGAAUUUCGGGAGCACCAAGAUCCAGUCUGUCGCGCUGUUUGCGCAAAGAAGACGGCUCCUGUCAUGAAAACUCUGGCAGUCCAUCGUCUUCCCCUAAACAGGCUUGCGAUUGGUCUCAUUUGCCUGCUCCCCAACACUGGCCUUACGUGCCCUACAUUUUAUGCAUACACAACUAACUAAACUUUUGGAUUUUGUCGAUUUUGAUCCUGGCACUCCCAUAAGGUUGACGCAGAGGCGGCUGCGCUCACCCUGCCUGCGGACGGUCCAGCACUUGACCAGGAGGCGGCCGGGGCUCGGAACCGGGUUAUGGCGUUCUCAACUGUUACAUUCUCAACUGUUACACGGAUGCGUGAUGCAAGAAUGGCAAAAGUGAAAGGGGUCACCUUGCGGGUCUUGCAUGACAGAUCUGGCAAAGAUUCCGAGCCUGUUUGGCUCUUCGAGAAUUUGUCAUGCGAAGCAGCUUGAUCGUGUCGAUUCUGAUUGUGAUUUUGCAUUUACAAAUCAUGUAACAGUUGAGAAUGUUAAUGUAACAGUUGAGAACGCCAUACGGGUGCUGGCCAGGUUUCUGUCUCUGCCGCGGCGCGAUUUGACGACCCACAGUAUCCUGAGUAAAAACGUACCCACACCAUAGUCAAGAUGGGGAAUCGGCUAGACAAAUCCACAAGUUUUGGCUGUUUUGCAUGACAAAUUUGGAUUCGUAGUGUAGUGCUGUUUGAGCUAGCUAAGCAGCAUCACAGAUCUAGCAUACCAUGGUGAUUGGAGCAUGACAAAUUACAAAACACGACUAGAAAAUGCUUCUCAUGGGGCUCCGCAUGAGAAACAUUUUCAGCAUGCAGAUUUGCAUUACAACUCUGGUGUGGGUACGUUUUUACUGAGGAUACACACCGUGAAAAAGUUGUUGGAGGAAGCGGAACUGGAAAUUGUCGAAGGUUGCAUCGUAUCAACUGUAAAAAUGUCUGGGUCUGGAAGAAUGCACGUUUGUCAUGCUAAGUCUGAAGCAUGCAAAAAUCUGUGUUGCAUGAUUACCAAAAGUCGUCCAGUUUUGACCAAGUCGGGAGGGAGUUUCUCAUGCAGGAUAAGCAUGAGAGAGAUCGCGCAGAAUCUGUAAUGCUAGGCUCUGCAUUCCAGACCUCAUGGGUCAUGGAAAAGCUGCAUGACAAAUCGCGCACUCUUCCAGACCCAGACAUUUUUACAGUUGAUACAUCGCUAUCAACUCGAAUGGUACGACAACUGCUACAGAGUACGACACUGCAGCUACUUCCGCUGCUGCUGCAGCGCAGGCGGGAGAAGUGGAACAAGUGGUAAAGGGGACCACGGACAAGAACAACUCCACGGCAACUUUUAGUACAACAACUCGCCGCAAGACGAGCAGCUGCAGCAGCCCCCGCACCGUGGCCAGUCUGUCGAUCGCAAAAAACCCGUUCAAGCUCCGCAUUCUGCGGGGUCUGUAUACGCAGCCCGGCGCUUGGAACAUCGAGCGCGACGUGACGAUGAGGAUCUGGAAACAUGCCGGCAUCGACGUGGACACGCCGCAGAGCCAGCUGGCGCUGGCAGCACUGAAACUGUUCGAUGCCACCACCCAGAUGCACCCCGACCACAUCGACGCCAUCCUCUCGACCAAGAACACCGACCUGAUGUACCACCUGCUGGACACGUGGGACUUCCCCAUUUCGCACGACCAGUUCGACGAGCUGCUGAACUUCGAUUGGUGCUUCGGCCUUCAGCCGUGCACAAAGCUGACAUCAUCUGCGUGCACAAAGUUGACAUCAUCUGCGAUGUCGGCUUCGUCCUCUGCCGUUGCAGUUUUCAGCCUGGAUGCUGUCCCGGUGGGAGUUCUUCCCUCCCCGGUCGUGGGGAGUUGUACAUCAGCACGGGCCGCCGGGGUAGCAGCUGCACUCGUCACAGGCGAAGAGCAGGGGCGGGGCAACAACGACGGCAGUACCAAUAGUAUGCCCACCGCGACGACGAGGAGCACCGGUGCGGCUGAAGAAGCGUGUUGCGGAACUACAACUUCGCCCCCCACUUACUACUACACCAACCGGGCAGGUGGCAUCAAGGUGAUUGCCAAACUGCUCACCAAGUGGCAACCCAACCUGACGGCGGAGCAGGCCGCGGGCCUGCGUCGCAGGUACGCGGAUUCUCCGGUGUCCGACUUAUCAAAUGUAAAAGUGUCUGGGUCUGGAAGAUUCUAGACUUGUAAUGCUGUCUCUGGAUUCCAGAAAAAUUUGUAUUGCAUGACCAGCAAAAGGCCUCCAGUUUGUGCUACGUGGAGAGGGCAUUUCUCAUGCGGUAGAGGCAUCACAAAGUCUUCUAAAAAUCUGUGAUGCUAGGGCAUGCAUCACAGACAUCAUGGGUAAUUCAAAAGAUGCAUGACAAACCUGGCAAUCUUCCAGAUGACCCAGACAUUUUUGCAUUUGAUACGACUGGGUGACCAGCAAGUACGGUGGUGGUGGACUUUCCGCCAAUGAGGUGAUGUUACUGGAAGAAACUACCCAGGGCGGCCCAGAAGUAGACGGGCUGCAAAAUGCAUCCCGGCAACACCAGCAGCCGCAAGUAGAACCUCAGCCGCUCGGUGAAACGGAAAGUAAAAAUCAGGGUGACGGAGGACAAGUCGACAAUGAAGCUGCUGCUGCCGAUAUUGCGAGAAAAAAAUCCCUCAUCCCCUAUUCAGCACAGGAUUUUUGAAGCGGGAUUAUAAUUUGUGCUGUACUCAUGAUCUUCAAGAGGUACUACUGUCGGCACACGCAAAGCAUCUGCGUAAAAUUAUUGCCUUGUUAUUUGCUGCAAAUGCAAUACAUUAAAUUUGCAUCACUGAGUCAUUCUCAUUGCGAUAUGGGGAGGGGGAUCAUUUUCAUUUCGAUAGUUAACGUCUGGACGGUUUCUUCAUCUGGUGACGAGACCGGAUCGCGGGAGGACUGGGACAUGAUUCCUGCUGACGGUAGUUCGUUGGAUCCGUAAGGCGAACUCUCGUACGUCGGACCCUUUCUGAAGAUGUGCCGUUCGCACUGUGGUGUGUACACAAGAAUGAGAUCGCGCUGCUUGUUGCACUCACUUGUUUUGCCCGCAAACGUUUUGUAAGUUCUUCUACGAAGUAGGUAUCAAGUUGUAUGUACGUACCAAUCUACAACUGCCGGAUGAACAAGAAUAUAGACGAGCAGAAGUUUUGGAAUAUUGUACUUAGUUUUGGAAAUUUCUGUCUUGAGAAUACUACAACAAACCACGGGGCGGGAUCUGCUUCUAUUUUUCCCUCUCAAUACAGCACUGCACCAGCUAGACACAAAGAAAGAUUUAAACUUCUUGCUGUCACUCACAGUAUCGUCGAUUUCGAUCGUCUGCACGCAAGGGCAGGUUGUAGGUAAUGUGUAUUUUUGAAGAUAUUUUUGUUGGGCCGACGAGGUGGAAGGGGUACCUGCUGCUAGCGUUGAGGGGCGCUUUUGUCCAUGCGAACCGCGAUGAAAAAUAUAGAAACCCAAGAGCAAGCUUUGCUACAUAAUUGUGUUGCGCAGAUGGAAAUCAGAAUUGGUCUAGGACCGACUAACCAAUCUGACAGGACUUCUUCACAGUCUCAGUUGUAGGAU